UGUAGUCACCAAAUAUGUGGAAGAAAGUUUCGGAAAUCUCAACUAUACACUGAAAGACGUACAGAAAAACCAGAAUGAAGUGGUUACAAAUGUAAUUGCAAACAUUAGUAAGAUACAUAUGAUUCAGGAUAUUCUGAGAGGGGGUAGUAUUCGAGAUGUCCUGCCAUUGUCUUCUGAAGAUACAGUCAACGAUGUAUGCUAUGGGGAUGCCAUGGAUUUUGUUGAUUCCAUGGUUGAGAUUUCUCCAUGGGCUCUCAAAAGAAAUGGAAAUGUCAGCUACGAAAAACAGUCAUUCCAUCAGCUUGAAAAACCAUCUCAGGAAAGUAGAGGAAAAUCAAAGGCUAACAAUGAAAAGAAAAAACAGGGUGUACUCCAUCGAAUCUUAAAAGCUUUUGCACUUCAAGAAAAUGUGGUGAAGGUACUUUCCGGAAAAACAAGCGGGAAUUCCAUCAACUGUAUUCACGGCAUAAGAUUCCUCAGUUUGACAUGGGUUAUUCUCGGUCACACAUUCAAUUAUGGAAUUGUGUCAAUUCCCUCCUUGUGGACAACAGAAAACAUUGUGGAAGCCACUGAAAUGAUGAAACGAUUUACUUUCCAAGCUGUGAUUGCUGGUGGAUUUUCUGUUGAUACUUUCUAUAUGAUUAGUGGAAUGCUACUGACUUACUUGCAAAUAAAACAAGUAGAAAAGUUGACAAAACGCUUCAACGGUGGAAAAACGGCGGCUUAUACUUUUAACUACUAUUUUCAUAGAAUAUGGAGACUAACCCCUAUGUACAUGAUGGUUAUAAUGGUGUAUGGGUGUUUGAUGAAGUAUUUUGGUGAUGGUCCACUAUGGCCAGAAGCAGUCAAAACUGCUGACGACUGUAAAAUAAAUUGGUGGACGAACCUGCUAUAUGUAAACAAUCUUGUUCACGUCGACGGUCAGUGUAUGGCAUGGUCCUGGUACUUAGCAAAUGAUAUGCAGUUCUAUGUUGUGUCAUUGUUCUUUUUAGUAUUCCUUGCAAUUUCUAUCCGAGUUGGUGUAAUUCUGAUUUCUUUAUUGAUGGCUGGUGGAAUAGCAGCUGCCUGGUAUGAAGAACACAUUUACAACGGAAGUUUUUUUACAACAAAGAAAGACGGUGGCGGAUAUUGGAACAAUGUGUACAUUACGCCAUGGUGCAGAGUAGCAGCGUACUGUGUUGGUAUGCUUCUUGGUGUACUGUUGUAUAAACGUCCAAAGAAAGCAUUAAAAACAAAAUAUUCAUUGCUAGGAUGGUCGAUUGCAACAGCUAUGGGACUCGCUCUUGUGUAUUGCACAUAUUCAGAAUACAAAGAAGGGGGGACAGAAUGGUCUAGAGAUUUCAGAGCAGCUUACGAAUCAUUAGGACGUCCAUUGUGGGCAGCCUGUGUUGCAUGGGUUGUAUUUGCUUGUCAUAAUGGCAAUGGAGGUGUGGUUGACAGUCUUUUAUCAUGGAAAGGAUUAAUUCCCCUUUCCCGCCUGUCCUAUGCUGCUUAUCUUGUUCAUCCAAUUAUGAUGAUGAUACAUGUUUAUUCUAAGAGAGCUUUAGUUUAUAUAAGUGACUAUGAAAUUAUUUAUUUGUUCCUUGGACAUACGUGCUUCACAUUUAUGGUAGCCUUUGUAGUGUCCAUAUCGUUUGAAGCUCCUUUCAUGGCCCUGGAGAAGAUCAUCAUGGGAAGAUGAGUUUCACCAUCUAUUACAGACUCCAAAUGUAAAAAUGAAAUGCAUUAAAAUAUCAUCAAAAUUCUUCUAUCCGCUUUCGCAAACUAGCAUUUGACAUCAUAUAUUUCAACUUGGGUGCUUUUGUAGUGAUUUGUGUAUCAUUGUCUCAUAGAAGAAUAAAUAUGAAGAUAGAAAGUUGUCCCGUUAUGGACAGAGUUGAGUUGGUGUUAUUCAUAUAACAUUCAGUUGAAUAAAGAAACCAUGUUUACAAACUAGAUUACGAAUAUGUUCAUAUAUAACAUUCUCUUGAAUAAAAAAAUAUUUUUUACAAAGUAAAAAUUCUAUAUGUAAAAGAAAUCCAUAUCUGAAUGUAGGAUUAACGACGCAAUCAAAAUUGCAAAACAGCAUUAGAUUUGUCUGUCUUGUUAAUGUUUUUUCUCAGUAUUAUGAGUUAUGAACAAUGCAAUUUAAUAUUUUCUCUAACUUUUGUGUCUUUGUAGUAAUUUGUAUCUUUUUCGAUGUAAUUGUUUUGUUUUUUAUGUGAUGUUUAGUAACCUGAAAUGGAGAUCAAUCACCAAAAUUUGAUCUGAAGUUAUAAGAAAGUAAUGGCCUAUGUUUCUGUAGUUAACGUCAUGUAUCGUUUAAAUAUAAAUACGCAUACUUGUUUUCUGUUUUAAGAAAACUUUAAUCAUUCCCUUUAAGAAAUUCGAAAUAUUCAUAUUCAUAAGCAAUCUUGUGUUAGUUUUACCAUUUGCAUUUUUUUUCAUUUAGAAUUUUUGUUUGGCAAUGUUUUCGAAAAAUUAUCUUUUACUAUUUUGAAAUCUGCUUUUAGUGAUUCUUUUCCAUAUUUUAUUUUUGUUGAUAAGUAAAACCACAGUACACCACAACAAAUAAUUCGAUACCAUCUAUUUAACUUUAACAUUGGGCAUUAUUUACGGAGCUCAGUUUUAUCAUAUUGGUAAGGUAUAUAUAAAGAAAGAAAAAAAAAUUAAAAAAAAGGUCUAUUGUUAAUUGUUACGUAUUCUUCCAUAGGAUUUAUUUAUUUGUGCUUUUUUACGCCACCUUAGAGCAAAAGGAUAUAUCGCAACGUUCUAUAGUAGGAGGUCUAUAUAUUUUAGUUAUAAAGAGAGUAAAUAUAAGACUUCCAUCAUUACUUUAUUUGUUAGAUCUGAAUUUUCUAGCAAGUGGAUUUAUUUAUUUCAAAUGUAAUUUGUUCAUUAUUAUGUAAUUUAUAUGUAUAUAUUCAAUCUUAUUUCAUGUACAUUCAUGUUGUUUAACUUGUUUUCAUGAUAAAUGUUAUACUUCU